GUUAAGUGUAGUGCAUCAUUUGAUGUUCCUGUAGUUUUUGAUUGUUUUUGUAAAGUGGAGAAGUGAUUUUUACCAAUUUAUUUAAAUAAAGUUUGUUAAAUAAAAGUUCAAAAUGCAAAAUCAAGGAAAACAGUCAUACAAAAGCCAAAUACGGACUAGAAAUAAACAGUUUUUAUUAAAAAACGCAUCCAAUGGCUUAAAUACCUCUUCUAUGAGGUGUUUAGCUCCCUCAAGUGGUCCACAAGCUCCAGAGCUGUUGCUGGGGUCCAAAUUAUCGAAUGAAAACAGUGGAAAAUCAAUGUUUCAACAUUUGCAUAGCAAUUAUAGUGUUCCAACUCGUCCCUUUAUCCACGCAAAAAUUCAAAGCCUUCCCAUACUUGUGUUGUCUUUAAUUGUUCUCUUAGAAUGCUUUUGUAUUGGUAGCUGUGCACAAAUCAAAAGUAAAAGUGAUUUAUUAAGUGGAGCAAUAUUAACGCCAGUUGACGAUGUAGUGCCUAGAAUAGUCGAAAAUGUUCCUACAAAAAACAAGGGCAACACUACAUUUACUGACUUUUCCGACUCUACCAAACAUAAUCAUCGUGUUGAACGUGAUGUGUCGAGUGACGAUUUGAAAAUCUUCGGGUUUCGCGUAGAGUCGAGCAACAAUGAGAUUGAAUACCACGAUGGCGGCGUGCCGAGUGUGCUUAAAGAUAGCGAAUUUACAAUGCGUAUUUUCGGUAAAGGCAUUACACCAGAUACCGUUAUAACAUUUACUGCUACAUCAAAUACAUUUGGUGGAAAAUGUCAAAUACCAGCAACCUUGCUAUACAAACCCAUAGAGGGUUCAUCGACCAACGAAUCUGCUGUCUAUCGCAUGUCCCUGCCCAAACUGGAUGUAGCAAUGACCAAUGGCAGUGAAACAUUUUAUUUGUGUGCCAAAAAUGAUCCACAAAUGGAUGUGGGCAGCGCCACGGAUACAAAACCGAUGGUACAUCAAGGUGGAGAUGUUUAUCUGCAAAUAAAAACAUAUGAAAAUUUACUCCCCAUCUGGCUGUCAAUUGUCAUCAUUUUAGUCUGUUUAGGUUUCUCAUCGUUGUUUUCAGGUCUCAAUUUGGGUCUGAUGUCACUCGAUCGUACAGAAUUAAAGAUUUUGUGUAAUACUGGCUCAGUUCGCGAACGUCAAUACGCUAGAAUUAUUCAGCCCGUCCGAGAACAGGGUAAUUUCCUACUGUGUAGUAUUCUCUUAGGCAAUGUGUUGGUGAACUCUACAUUUACAAUUCUUCUGGACGGUUUAACCUCAGGUCUUUUUGCUGUUAUUGUUUCCACGCUUGCCAUCGUUAUAUUUGGUGAAAUUACGCCUCAGGCUGUUUGUUCGCGACACGGUUUGGCCAUUGGCGCUAAGACGAUUGGCAUUACAAAAGUUGUUAUGGUGCUCACAUUCCCCAUGUCAUAUCCGAUUUCGAAAAUGUUGGAUUGGGCAUUGGGUGAAGAAAUCGGCAAUGUUUACAAUCGCGAACGCCUAAAGGAAUUAGUGAAGGUUACAACAGGUACAAAUGAUUUGGAUAAAAAUGAAGUCAACAUUAUUUCGGGUGCUUUGGAGUUGCGUAAAAAGACUGUUGCUGAUGUGAUGACUCAUAUCGAUGAUGCUUUCAUGCUAUCGCUUGAUGCUCUGCUAGACUUUUCAACCGUAUCGGAAAUAAUGAAGUCAGGAUACUCACGUAUUCCCGUAUACGAUGGCGAUAAGAAAAACAUCGUUACUCUGUUGUAUAUUAAAGAUUUGGCAUUUGUCGAUACCGAUGAUAAUACACCGUUACGUACGUUGUGCGAAUUCUAUCAGAAUCCAGUUCACUUUGUUUUUGAGGAUAUGACGCUCGAUCUUAUGUUUAAUCAAUUCAAAGAUGGUACUAUCGGUCACAUUGCAUUUGUACAUCGUGUUAACAACGAGGGGGAUGGUGAUCCAUUCUAUGAAACGAUUGGUCUUGUGACACUUGAAGAUGUUAUUGAAGAAUUGAUUCAAGCUGAAAUUGUUGAUGAAACUGACGUAUAUAUUGAUAAUCGUACAAAGGUACGUCGCAAUCGUAGUAAAAAGCAGGACUUUUCCGCAUUCGCCGAACGUCGCGAAAAUCAGAAGAUACGAAUUUCACCACAACUCACCCUGGCCACUUUCCAGUACUUAAGUACAUCUGUCGAUGCCUUUAAAAAGGAACUUGUUUCCGAAAACAUCUUACGCCGCCUACUUAAUCAAGACAUUAUUCAUGCUAUUAAGUGUAAGGGUAAAAAUAAGGAUGAUCCUCGUUUGUUCAUUUACCAACAAGGUAAAGCCGUGGACUUCUUCGUACUUAUUUUAGAAGGUCGUGUUGAAGUGACCGUCGGCAAAGAGAAUUUACUUUUCGAAAGUGGCGCAUUUACAUACUUCGGUACUGCAGCCCUUCAACCUAAUGUCGUUGUUGAUUCACCCAGUCAACAAAUGCGUGGUUCUAUUCAGUCAUUGAAUAUGGAUUCGAAGAUUCGCCAAACGUUUAUACCUGACUAUUCGGUGCGUGCCGUCAAUGAUGUCGUAUACAUCGCAAUAAAACGUAGCCUUUACUUAACUGCCAAGAAAGCUACACUUUUAGAAAAGACCCGCAAGAGUGGUAUUGAGCUGAAUAGUGAAAUUACUGAUGAUGAAGUCGAAAGGUUAUUACACUCUGUGAACGAGGAUGAAAUUAGGGCACAUGUCAAUCAUAAAAUAGCUAUAACUGGCAGCAAUACAGCCUCACCGUCAUUAAAUGACAUAUCAUUACAAAGUCAUAGUAAUGCACCGCCGCCGCACAAUAUGCACAGCAGUAGUAGUGGUGAAGUUUUAGAUGUUGGCUCAUUAAGCAGCCAAGUGACAUCGGAUCCAGUUAACGAUCAAUCAGAACAUAACGGCGAUCGCGAGAAUGUCGCUACUACACCACUUUUGCCUAAGACUAGUGAUAGCGCUAAUAACAAAUAACAA